AUGGCUGUGUUAAUGAAUCACUAUAGUGUGUUAGGCCUAGCUUCUUUUGCAGGCUUUGACCUGACAGAGGAAGAAAUUUCCAAGGCUUUUAAGAGGAUGGCGUUGAGGUUACAUCCUGACAAGCACCCUGGAAACCUCCAAGCCCAUUUCAAAUUCCAGAAACUUCUUUCUUCCUGUGAUAUUCUCGAGAAUCCCAUCUCCCGCAAAGAAUUUGAUCGUCUUCUUCAAUUUCAGUACCAGCAUCAGAAUCAUCAUCAUACUUGCAACAAGCAACAGAGAGAGGACCAGCAGCAGCAUUCUUCCGAGAAGCGUCCGAGACAGCCGAUGGGGCCAAAGGUGCCAUCGGAAUCGACAAAGAAGCCUUCUUUUGUAAAGACAAAAUUCUGUUUGGUACUCAUAAUGUAUGCUUCCAGUUCAAAUGCUACAUCUACAGUGUUGAUUUAG